UCUAACAUGGCGGGAUGUAGUUUCUUGUUGACAAAAUUCAAUCAGUCUUUAUCAGGCUUUUUAACAUGAUGAGGAGCAAACAUAGAUACUAAUAACUUUUAAAAAAGCACAUAUCAUGUCAGUUCGUAAGAAACUGAAGAAAGCAGAUAGAAGCGCAAGUGGUAGUGAAAAAGUGGUUGGCACACAUUUGUAUGUAGAAAUUAAUGCAUCCCAGUGGCCUAUAGUCUACUCUCCUAGCUAUAAUAUUGGAUUUCUUGGACUUGAAAAGCUUCAUCCAUUUGACUCUGGGAAAUGGGGACGUGUUUUUGAAUUUUUAAAAGAAGGUAAACUAAUAAAUGUGGAGGAAAAUCAGCAAACUGUUGAACCAAGAGAGCCAACCACAGAGGACUUGAUGGUAGUUCACACUAAAAAAUAUCUGGACAGUUUAAAGUGGAGUGUGGUUGUUGCUCAGAUUUGUGAAGUUCCCCCAGUAGCUUUUCUUCCUAAUAUUGUUGUCCAACAUAAACUACUUAAACCUUUGAGACUUCAAACAGGAGGAACUAUACUGGCAGCUAGGUUAGCAGUAGAAAGAGGCUGGGCUAUAAAUAUUGGUGGUGGAUUUCAUCACUGUUCAUCUAGUAGUGGGGGAGGUUUUUGUGCUUAUGCUGACAUUACACUUGCUAUCAAGUUUCUAUUCCAGAAUGUGGAAAGUAUCAAAAAGGCCAUGAUCAUUGAUCUGGAUGCUCAUCAGGGUAAUGGACAUGAACUUGACUUCAUGAAUGAUCAAUGUGUAUAUAUCAUGGAUGUCUACAAUGCUUAUAUUUAUCCUGGUGCAAUGAGAGCCAGAAGAGCCAUACGAAGGAAUAUUGAACUCAAUCAUUACACAAAAGAUGAGGAGUAUUUGUCUCUUAUUAAAAAGCAUAUACCAGAGGCUCUUGAUGAAUUUUCUCCUGAUAUCAUCAUAUACAAUGCCGGUACUGAUGUACUGGAGGGUGAUCCACUUGGUAAUUUGUCCAUUACAUCAAAGGGUAUAAUAGAAAGAGAUCAAAUUGUAUUCCAGGAAGCAAGAAAUAAGUCAAUACCAGUAGUCAUGGUUACAUCGGGAGGAUACCAGAAAAAGACAGCCAGAAUAAUUGCAGAUUCCAUUCUGAACUUGCAUGAAAUGGGGCUGAUAAGUUGUAAUUAUUCAGAAUCAGGUCCGUUAUCUGCGACCAAAGCUGAAUCAUCAUCAAAUUACAAUACAUUCAAUAGUGCCCAAUGACAAAUUCAUUUACUGUAAGAGAACUGUCAUUUGUCAAUUGUACUUCUAGUAAGUGGUCUGAAAAAAGAAAUCAUCAUUAUAUUAUACUACUGGUAUUCUAAGUAGCACAUGAAAGUGUAUAAUAAGAGAGUUGCAGUUAAGGCUGGAGAAAAAUCAUUAUUAUGACUGUGGUUGCAGUUUUCAAGUGGUAAUACAUUGGUCAUUACAUAUUCAUGUAAAGCAAGAAUAUAUAGGCAUUUCAGAUGACUCUUGGAAAUACAAAAAAUAAUAGCAGCCCUGAUUAUUUACUGGGAUCUUGACCAAGUGGCAUGAAGAGAGUUAUAAGUCUUUCAGUGCUGGCUAGGACACUGGUGAAAGCUCAAAAAGAACCAGUUGUAUUUUGCUCUCAGCAAAAUAUAUUUUAUUGAUAAUAUAAAUAUUAGUUAAWAUGAAUAAUAAAUGCAAGCCAAUAGGUAACCAGGAUGACUGUUCCUUUCUGAUGUAUUAUACUCUCCUCCCCUAGAGCUACCAGCAACAUAGGAAUCCCGUUUCAUCAAUCAUGAUUCAAUGUACAAAUUUACACAGGCCAGGCUAGGUGUCUUGUAGUAUUGGUAUGUACCAAGAUUACUAWAACAAGUAAACUUAACCAACUUCAAUUGUGUUGGCUAUCUUGUUAAUUGUGCUAUAUAGUUAURAGUUUUAUCCUGGAAAGUCAUAUUUUUUAAGUUAUUAACAAUGUUAGACAUAGUCUCAGUUUGCUCGCUACUCAUGGAACUAUUAAAACAUGUCAUCUGAGUACAUCUAUUGCAGUUAUAGUCCUAUUGUAACAAUCAAGUACAUGUAUGGGUUAGAUAUGUAGUUGUUUUUAUAA